AUGAUUACCAUUGAUUGUAAAACCAUUAAGAUGUAGGUUUUUCUGUGAAAAAUACUUCUUUUUUAUCUUUAGUACAAUCAUCUUAAUUGAAAAUCUGAAAAUAAGUAAUCGGCAUAUACAUAAAUCUUUAUGUAGAAAUAAUAGUGAAAUUAGCUGAGAUAGAUCCUAAAUAAGUAAGAUAGAAUCAAUUGUAAAAUAAAAUAAUUGAAUUCCUAAGGUAUUAUUUAAAUAUUUAAAAAGAGAUUCAGAUAAGUAGGUGAAAGAAUAAAUAUUAUCUCUUUUGAGACAAUUCAUUUAUAUUUAUUAUAUGAUUGUAAAUCGAAAAUUUGAAUAGUUAUUAAAUGAAUAUUGCAGAUCGGCAAAAAAGAUGAAGUCUUUGAAUAUUUCUCUUUUGAUUAAGAUAUUUUUGAUGCUUUUACUGCAUCUUUUCAUUAUGGUUGAAAUAUACGGAUAAAGAGAGGUGGCUAAAUGUAUUUAAAUUGUUGUAAUGUCUAUAAAUAAAGGAAUCAGAAAAAUAUUGGAUGAAUUUAAUUAAUGA